UAAACAUUAGAAACCACCAAAAACUAUUUAUCGUAAUAAAUUCUCCCAACAGAUCCAGCUUUAAGCUCCUCACAAUAAAUAAACCAUAACAAAAACGAUAAAUGUGACAGUUGUCUUUAUGAAGAUAAUGAAACCGAAAUUCUGUGCCUAUUGUAGAAAUCAUAGUAUAUAUAAGCCUGAAAAGGGUCACCGAAAUAAAUGUCCGUACAAUGUCAAGUCACAUUUAGAAAAAUGUAAAGAAUGCAAAAGCAACAAAAGGAAGACUUUAAAUACCCAAAAGCAUAGGGAAAGAAAAUCAAAGGCUGAAUCAGGUGCCAAUGGGAUUGAUGAACCAAGUACUUCUGCUGCAGCUGAGGAAGCAAACGAUUCUACAUCUAAAAAUGAGAAUGAAGUUCCUUACGAUGAUUCAGAUUGUACAGAUGUGGAUGAAGAAAUGCCUGUUAUCAAAUCAGAACCAUCAAGUCACGAAACUACCAUCCAGCCAUCAAGUAGGAAUCUUCUCUUCAUACAUGCACUAAAUGGCUUUCAACUCCAAAAAUUUGAACCUAAUACCUCAACUGCAAUAAUAAUUAUGGCUCAAAAUUAUCCAUUUGGAAUUCUUACAAAGAAGGAAUCGGAUUACAUUGAAAACUUGAUCACUGACUUAGUUGACUUAAUGAUGCCAAUGAAUGACAUGAAAAAGAUUUACGAAAAAGGCUGCCUUAAAGUCUCGUGUACUAAUAGAACGAUCAUAGAUUCGCUUUUGGACGUGAAGAAGUUUAAACCAAAUGAAAAGGAGCUCAAAGUUCUUCAUGAGAAUCAAAUGCCAAGGCAUAUAAGAUUGUCCUGCAACAUUACUGAAAAAGUGAGUCAUAGUGAGUUUCUUAAAAUAGUCGGACUUGAAAAUAGAUUGGACACUUCAGGCUGGAUUGUCAAUAGUAUCAGGCAAGUCGAUGAUAAAUAUAAAGUGCACUUUUCCGUCGAUCUUCAAAGUGCUGGUUAUAUUCAUUUUAGACACUUUUGUUUAGAUUGGAAGAAACAAAAUGUUGUUGUUAAAGUUUUAAAGAAUGGAAAUAAAUUUUUGUUUCAGACACAGUAA